AUGGUGUCCAGUGUGUGUUUCUUGGCCUUGCUUCCCCUUUCCUUGGCAUCUCCCAGUGAGUACUGGGCCUUGGCCACACCUGCCGUUCGCCGCGCACGGAGUCUUCAGGGUUCGGAGGCUGCACGUGCCCUGGGCGGCCGGACGUUGUCCAAGGCAGAGUCAAAGAUGUCGAAGGUCUGGUGUGGUCCUGGGGAACGCUACAACGGUGCAGCGGGUGCCAUGUGGUAUGCCAACCCCUACACAGCUGGCUGCAGCAAGGCUUCAAUGGCCCUGACAUAUGUCUUUGAUGGGAAAGUGCACACAGCGGUUGAAGGAGAUCUCAUCAAGAUGACCUGUGACAACUGGCAAUGCCCGGUGCCCAAAGUUGUCGACUGCUAUCGCGACCGAAGUGCGUGUGCUGCGGAUGAGUGGUGCAUGGUCAUCACGCAUGAGAAGUGGGGUGCAUGGGCCAUGGGCAAAGAUGGCCACACUCCAAACUUCGACCAGUGUGGCCAAGCAUACAAUGAGCAAAUUGAAGCCAUCGAAGCGCAAGGAAACGUCAACAAUGCCACGGUGGACGCUUUGAAAGCGACCCGUGAUGCCAUUUGUGGCAGCUCCACGGUAGGUGUUGCCAAUGGUAUCCAGUUGCACGGCAUGAGUGAAGACAACCUGUGGAAACCAUCGCACGGGCGCUGCGUGAAGUAUCGUCUCGAGGGACAGAGCUGCAUUCCAACCUUGGCCACGACUGGAAGUUUUGCCAGCGCCUUCGUGCGGCGAGCGCCCACAGAGACUGGGCAUUAUCCCAAUGGUGGCACCAUGGAACGGCCAUUGGCCUGUGGCCCGAACUUGGUCUGCACGGGCCCCACCUUUGAUGUGUUGCCCUCCACCUGUGUGAAAGCUCGGCCCAGGGACGUGUGCUACACUGGACCAUGGUGGGACAGCUCCCGAUGCCCUCGCACAUCCAUGAGGACACCGGGCAUGAGCCGAGACUGGGCCAUUGAGUCCUUACAAACAGCGUUUCUGCUGUUCCCAGGUGAGGUAGCUUCGCCCAUGACUUGCAAGUACUGGACGGGAUCAUUUUCCACCUUCACUCAAGGUGUCAGGAAUGUGACUUACAACAUCUUCCAGGCACUGUGGCCAAGGCACUUGGUGGGUGAGUAUCCCACCUUGGACCAGCUCUACCAACACAUGUGGAAUCAGACUGAUCUUGACUUGGCAGCCUUGAAGCCGGAAGAGUGCGCUGCUGGUGCUGAAGUUGAUGGAACAAAGCCUUGGCCAUGGUGGGGUCUUGGAGCCACCGCAGUUGCCGCAUCUGAAGCUCUGGCGAACCACUUGUCGGAGAACUUUUGGUGCAACGACUGUCGUGGCUUCUUCACCAUUGGCGUUCUGGGCACGGUUGGCCUGCCCCCCAAGAGCUCCAAGGACAGCAAAGGAGCUUUGAUGCCACUGCAAGCUUGGAAUGGCUUGGAUGAUUUUGGCAAAGUUGUGAGCAAACACGGAAACUCCGCAGCCAUUUUUGUCAUUUUUCGAGACUCACGCGGCAGUUGCAGUCGGCCUGCCUUCGCAAGAAACAUGCCGGACUUCAAGUUGGCAGUGGACAAGAACAACAAGGCAACAGAAUUGGCGUUGCUUCGCGUAUGUGGCACGGUUCAGCAGAAUCCGCACAUGAGGGCAUUCUGGGCUUCCACCAUUUCCUGCUUCCUAGCCUUCUUGGGCUGGUUUGCCCUGGCACCUUUGGCGCUCGAGGUGGCCACCAGCAUGGGCACGUGUGAGAAUCAAGUUUAUCCACCAGAAGACAACCCCAAGCGGGUGGCCUACCUGAAGUACAAGUCACUCAAGACGGGCCACAACAUUGCUUCGGAACAUGUUGCCACGACACGGGGAGGCCAUCCAUGGAUCAACCCUUUGGAAUUUGCCAAAGCUGAGGGGGUGGAGAAUCCAUUCUUCAUUCCCUACGAGACCUCCGUGGAGAUGUGGCAUGUGGAGAAGUGAGAGAUCAAAUUGAUGCCUUUUGAUCGUGAAACAUGCAUGGAUAGCCAGACCUUUCUGGCCAGUCCGGAGCCACAAGAUUUUGUAGGCUGAAGGGACCCAAUGUGUUCCAAUCGUUUCAAGCCCUAGUCUUGUUCUAUGUACAGUACAGAUUUUGAUUUGAUGAUUUGUAGCUCGACUGAGACUCCGAAUCCAAUCAUUACAUAUCUACACUGUAAAGUAUACUUCUUGGACCAAUUCUGCCUGUAGAGUUUUGAAUGGUCCAGAUGUUCAUGAACACGUUUGUUUGUAUAGGCUGCGUUGAUGCAGUGAGAUCGCUGUGAACGGUCGCAAGAUUCCUGGCGGCUAGUCCAGUCAGAGAAAUCGUG